ACUGUUAAGGAUGACCUUCCUCGCAAUAUGACGUCUCUGUUGAACAGUUGCUCGGACGUCAGAUGGAUCCCACGAUCAUGGCAAACGGCGAGGGUUGUGUCAAAGCACGAACACUCUUGCAACGCUUUACAAAGUCACCACAUGUACGUGUGGAUAACGAUGUGGAAGACAGUACAUACAGUCUAAAAGGAGUGGUUCAGUGGGUGUGCAGCGAAGGGAUGUGCGAAGAAGGAGACGUGGACAUGACAAUGCAGCAGAAAGAGGGGACAUAUACACCUGCGGAUUUCAAGAAGUUGCAGGGCACUGUGGCACGGAAUGGGGAAAUGUUGGUUGAUGGGUCGAAGGACGAGUUGAAGAGUGGUGCUGCAGAAAAUUUGGUGUUGUCCAGAAUGAAGGACAUUGUACAAACACCGCCAGAAAACUUUCAAGAUGUUCCUGUCGUUGUUGCAGAUGGUGUGGAAUAUAUUAUGCUGGAUCAACUUGUGGACUUCAUGAAAAAAGGUGCGGACGACAGGAACAUCAUCCAUGAGGUGUUGCACGAAGUCACAGAGUUUGCACUGCAGGAUGAAGAAGAUGAAGAAGAGGAUGAGGGGGCAUCAUCUUCUGACGUGGAAGUGAGCGGCAGCGAUGUCAGUAACGACGAGGAAGACGAGGAACAUGAUGUAUACUAUGAUUUGAAGGGGGCGGGUGGACAAGUGACAAAAGGGUGGGCACAUGCAAUUUUGAGGUUAGCACGUGCUUUUCCCGAUCCGCACAAAGUGCUGCGUGUUGUCAUGAAGGCGGCAACACCAGAUGGUGCACUACAGUAUGCCGCAAAAAUGGACAGCGGUCCAAGGGUGUGCGACUGUGGCAGGCGUUUCAUGUCAUUACGAACUUUGAACUCACAUCAUGCGAGGGCAUGCCCGACCGUGGCGGACGAAAGAACACAUGGUCAGGAGAUGGGUGUGGUCGAUGACGCCAGACCAUCAAGUAUAGGUGCAGUGAAUCUCGUGAGCGAUGAGAGCGAGGACGUCGGAGCCCCCGAGAAUGUAGACGGGGAGGGCGGGACAUUCGAAGAGCAGCAACCGCAGCCUGUCGAGUCUUUUGACAGCUCUCGCAAGCUGGCGGCACUAAUUUUCUCCGCCAGGGGCGCCAGGGGCGGCGUCGGUAUAUCGCAGAGCGACAUAGAUGCUCUCUUGUCACUUCUCACAAACCCGAGAUUCAACACGAGAGACAUCGCGUAUCGUAAUAGUCGAGAGUGUUUGACAUGGGCAGGGAGUCUAGCAGAGGCUGCUGGAUGGAAAGAGUUGGAUCUACGUUGUGACGAUUGGCCAGGGGAUGCACACUCCAUCUUGUGGCACCGGGACUGACGAACGACAUUUCUGUCGAUUUUUCAUAUCGCAUUACAAAAAUGCG